GGUUCGAGAGGGUCCGAAGACGCCGGCUUAUGACGGGGAGGCUUGCGUGGAGGUUGCCUCUCCGUCCUUUCGCUCCCCGGGCCCUCGGGAAAAACCCAGCAUACCGGCCCCGCGGCCAGCCCCUUCCGCCAGGCUCUCUCCGCUCGAUUUCGCCACCGUUAUGUGGGAAGCGAAUCCGGAGAUGUUCCGCAGAGCAGAAGAAUUCUUAUCCAAGACUGCAAACAGCGAGACGGAUGAGAUGGACACGUCGGACACGCAGUGGGGCUGGUAUUACCUGGCGGAGUGCGGGAAGUGGCACAUGUUUCAGCCGGAUACCAACAUUCAGUGUUCAGUUAGCAGUGAAGAUAUCGAAAAAAGCUUCAAAACAAACCCUUGUGGCUCCAUUUCUUUUACUACUUCCAAAUUCAGCUACAAGAUAGACUUUGCAGAAAUGAAGCAGAUGAAUCUCACCACUGGAAAACAGCGCUUAAUAAAAAGAGCCCCUUUUUCUAUCAGCGCUUUCAGUUACAUCUGUGAGAACGAGGCCAUCCCCAUACCGCUCCACUGGGAGAGUGUGAACGCCGACCUGCCCUAUCAGCUCAUUCCUUUGCACAAUCAGACACACGAAUACAAUGAAGUUGCGAGUCUCUUUGGGAAAACAGUGGAUCGCAACAGAAUUAAAAGAAUUCAGAGAAUUCAGAACCUAGACUUGUGGGAGUUCUUUUGCAGGAAAAAGGCUCAGCUCAAGAAAAAAAGAGGUGUGCCUCAGAUUAAUGAACAGAUGCUAUUUCAUGGCACCAGCAGUGAAUUUGUGGAAGCAAUUUGCAUUCAUAACUUUGAUUGGAGAAUCAAUGGUAUACACGGUGCUCUCUUUGGAAAAGAUCGAUACCAUUGCUGUUUUAACACCUGGGGUGAAAGACAGCGCGCAAAACGCAAUCAGCUGAGUCCCUCCAUCUUUAAAGUUUACAUCCGUGUCUUCAGGGUAAAUGGUUUCAGCUCAAAUAGACUUAUUCAUAUGUAUGUUCAAAAAAUAAAAAUAUAGACAUAAAGGUGUCCCCUUCAGAGGAAUUGAGCCUUUGUAAACGAAUUCUGAAAUGAUUGGCCACCCAUCUAUGUGUUGCUUUGUUAGUCUUCCGAAGGGGGGUGGAAUUUAAAACCCUGAAGCAGCCUGAGUACCUUGAGAGAAACAGAAACAAGAGAAUCGUUGGCAGUGCUGCCAAACAAGCCAGAAGGAGAGGAUCAAGACAGGGUGCCCUGCUCCGGAUGCCUCCGGGCGGCAGGCUGCACCCUCGGCCUCGCGCUUCUCCUUCUCUUCUGCUGAACUGACCGUGAUCAGACGGCGCGUCAUCCCCCGGCGCUCCUGAGUUCUCGUACCAAGACUUACUGCACAAGGUUUUUACUGCAUCUUCAGAAUGAAACUUUUAUUUAUUAUUUAAAACACACACUUUCCUUUUGUUUUGGGGUCCCUACAAUGAUUACUUCGAAGAGAGUUUUUUAUCUGCCGCCCCGCCCCACACAGCUAUUCAGCAAUGACUUAUAAAAUUCACACUUCUAAAUUGUAUCUCCCCAUUUUGAAUCAUUUGCAGAAAGCCUGGGAUGCUUGGAACACAUCUGGUUUAUUCUUUUGAGUAGCAAUUGACAGUAUGCUAACUCUCUUGAAAAGUUAGGUAUAAUGCAUAAUCAUGCCCAGUGGAAGUUUGUUUACCUGCUGCAUCUGUUUGGCUAUUCUGUUUUAAGGAGGGCUAAGUGAUGUUGGAACAGCUUCCUGCCCCUCAAGCUAUUCCAGCAGAGGCUGGACAACAACGGGGCAGAGAUGUUAUACAGGAGUUUGGGUGUCAGGUGGGCGAAUCGGCCAUGUGACUGUUAAGUGUUUUUCCAACCUUGAUUUUCUAUGAUUCUACCUGAAAAAAAACAGAACACUGGUAUCUUUUCUGGGAAACCUUUUUCUAACUCAGUUUAAUACUAAGUUCCCUCUCCAUUAUCUUCACUCAGUUUGGGCUGAAAGGUAGUGAACGUAAUUUAACUUCUCAAGAAAAAUCCAGUAAAUGUCUAUGCCUGGGACGCUCGUUCAUCACUUGAACUGGGAAGGCAUCUAGAAAUAAUACAAAUAAGGAGUAGGGAGCACGAUUAGGUGUGUAACUCUUCAGCUGCCGCAUAUACCCCCAGACCCUCCUCGUAGCCCAGACUACACGUGAUUGUGCAGCCGAAAGUCAGUCGUGCACAGGGAGUACCUAGUACUCAGGAAAUUGCACGUGCAAAUACUUUGCAGUCAAGUGACAACAAAGAUUUCCCAAUUCUGACGUGCAGACUAACAGCCGGUCUCGAUGAAGCGCUGUUAGUGUUUAGAAAGGACACGUCUUAGAAACAUGCCGAGGUCAUCAGGGAAAUAAAGGCGGGAAAGUCACCAGGCUGCCUUGUGGGAGAUGGCGCACCGCUGCUCCGGACUCGCUCCCCAAAGAGCACCUUAGAGACAUCAGGGAGUCCGAUUCUGAAAAGCUCUUUCUUGUGCUUACUUGUUAUUUGCAUGCAAAAUGAUGUUAAGAUGGUCCGCACUUCAACACGGCUAUCUUUUUUUUUUUUUUUUUUUUUUUUUUCCAAUUUAACAUGAUUGCCUCUUGCAUCACCUGAAUGGGAUAACUGUUGUAGCUUUGGGGGUUGUUACUCUUUUAG